UAGCUUUUAUCAGAUCAUGGCGUUCUCAAUCGUGAAUUCUGUCAUUUUUUUGGUGAAGCAUUGCUAUGAUGAACCUUAUCGUCUUCUAGACUUAAAGCCCAACUUCAACGGCCCUCCUCCCUCCUCCAUGGCUGCUGGCCCAGAUGCUUAUCUCCAGGGUAACAUCAGGAUGACUCUGGAGGACCCUGAACUCUGGAAGACCUUUCAUGAAAUAGGGACGGAGAUGAUCAUCACUAAACCGGGGCGGAGGAUGUUUCCACACUGUAAAGUGAAUCUCUCCGGCCUUAUUCCAUGUGCCAAGUACAUCUUACUGGUGGACAUGGUCCCUGAGGACGGCUUCAGGUAUAAGUGGAAUAAAGAGAAAUGGGAGGUGGCAGGAAAAGCGGAGCCCCAGCCUCCCUGCAGGACUUACCUCCACCCCGACUCUCCAGCCCCGGGGAGCCACUGGAUGAAGCAGUCCGUCUCCUUCCUCAAGCUCAAGCUCACCAACAAUACACUCGACCAGCACGGCCACAUCAUUUUGCACUCCAUGCAUCGGUACCACCCGCGCUUCCACAUCGUCCAGGCAGACGACCUGUUCAGUGUCCGCUGGAGUGUUUUCCAGACCUUCACCUUCCCCGAGACUUCAUUCACAGCAGUCACCGCCUACCAGAACACCAAGAUUACAAAACUGAAGAUUGAUCACAACCCAUUUGCCAAAGGUUUCCGGGAUGAAGGCACAACUAAAAAAAGGCGUACAAACAAGAACCCAGCCUGCCUUGAGAAGCGACCGAAGAUGUCGAGCAUCCUGAACAGGGAUUCUGAUGAUGACAGUCCACAAGAUUUUUGCCAGUCAUCAUAUGAAGGGUAUGAUGGAGAGGAAGGAGAGCUGCCCAAAAGGAAAGAGGUUGAUGUUGUCAAAGAGGAGCGUUACUCCCCAUGGGCUGCUGAGCGGGAGCACAGAGUGAGGACUGAAUCUCCAGUCGGGGCAGACGUAAGAGAUAUGUACAACGCAGAGCAGCUUGUUCCUGCUCCAGCUUCCUACCAGCCCUACAGGUUCCACGAGUAUGGAAAGUCUCCCUCUCCCUCCUCCAGCAUCGGCAGCAGCAACAGUGGUUCAGGACGCAGCAGCUUUGAGUCCAGAGUCCCUGAUGUCGCCACCGUCCCCGAUCAUGACUCUUCAAAGCCCCGUACGCAUGAGACUGGCCCUUCCCCCUGUGGCCCCCAGCACCUCCCUGGCCCCCAGGACUACACCGGGGUCCUCAACAUGACCAUGGCCCAGGCCGGCAAGCCAGGGGUCAUCGGCCACCACAUCUACAGCCCCUACAGCGCGGAGCAGCCCCUGGGCCAGUGGAGCGGCCCCAGUCCCGCCCAGUAUCCCCCUCCUCACCAUCUGACGGCUGACUACACCACACAAGCUGUGCACCAUGGCUAUCACCAUGGCAACGUGGCUGAGUGGAGCCAGUACCCACUGUUCUCUUAUUCCUGCUGGUGAAGGGAUCUUCAGUGUGAACUGCCGGAGAGUGACUUUAACUGAUGCUGCCGCUGCGCCAUCUUGCCAGACAGCUGAUCCAGUGCUCACAGCUAUGAGAAUGCAUGCCCAGACAAGGCUGAGGGCCAGAGGCCUGCGACAAGAAUAGAAAAACCGAAAGAUGAAAACAAGUAUAAGGAGCCGCCUGUCUCUGUUCUCUGUUCAGAGCGGCAGGAUUCAGACUCGUAUUCUGAGUGCAACUACUGACGUGUGCUGCGCCACACUGAUGGAUUGUUUUAUUAAUUGUCUAUUUAUUUUGUAUUUCAUCUCAUGUUCCAGUGUAAAUAUUAUUUUUGUAAAAAAGAAAAAAAAAGAAAGAAAGAAUAAAACGUAAGUGUGCAAUUUAUAUCUGUCUUCAAACUGUGAUGUGAUCUGAAAAUAAAAGCCUAAAAGUAAUGUGAUUCUGUGUGUGUGUGUGUGUGUGUGUGUGUGUGUGUGUGUGUGUGAGUGUGUGAGUC